AUGGCGCGUUCAAAGCAGCCGGCCAUCAAGCGCGAGCCGUCGUCCGAGUUCUUCAACAAAUCGACCGCAACAUGGGAGGAAACCCAUCAAUCGCAAAAGAGCUCUUCCAAUGGAAUCAUUGUGAAGAUGGUCGUUGAUGCGACGCCUGCUUCGGCGCAAGAUGCUGGGCUCUUGCAGCUCGUCAUUGCGGUUGCGGGCAUCUAUGCUUCCUUCCUCACUUGGGCGUAUCUCCAGGAAAAGCUCACCACGAAGCCCUAUGGUCCCGUCGACGCCCCGGAAGUCUGGCACUUCCCUGUCUUCCUCAACACCAUCCAGUCCGUCUUCGCUGCCAUCGUAGGCGCUGUCUAUCUCUUCGCCUCGACGCCUCGCAACGCCGCUGUCCCUCCCGUCAUUCCCUCGCGCCGUAUCCUUGCACCUCUCGCCCUAGUCGCCGUCACAAGCAGCCUCGCUAGUCCGUUUGGCUACGCGUCGCUUGCGCAUAUCGACUACAUCACGUUCCUCCUUGCAAAGAGCUGCAAGUUGCUGCCGGUUAUGUUCCUCCACAUCACCGUCUUUCGCCGCCGGUAUCCCUUGUACAAGUACCUUGUCGUCGCGGCUGUGACCAUGGGCGUGGCUGUCUUCACCCUGCACUCGGGGAAGAAGAAGGGUAACAAGGUUCGCCCUGACGACGCGAGCACCUCGUGGGGUCUAUUGCUUCUUGGCAUCAACCUCCUGUUUGAUGGCUUGACGAACAGCACUCAGGACCACAUCUUCCAGACCUUCCGACCGUACUCGGGACCUCAGAUGAUGUGUGCCAACAACAUCAUGAGCACUAUUGUUACCGGCGUUUACCUGAUCAUCAGCCCUUGGUUGGUUGCCACUGGUCUUGGAGAGUGGUUCGGCAUGGAUGCUGCUGGUAACGUGGGUGAGCUCAGUGCCGCGUUGGACUUUAUGGCCCGAUAUCCUGCUGUGUGGAAGGACGUUCUCGGCUUCGCUGCGUGCGGUGCUGUGGGCCAAGUGUUCAUAUUCUACACUCUUUCCACCUUCUCAUCCGUCCUUCUCGUCACCGUCACAGUGACCCGUAAGAUGUUCACCAUGAUCCUGUCAGUCCUUGCCUUCGGCCACCGCCUCACACAGAUGCAGUGGCUCGGCGUUGCGCUUGUCUUUGGCGGCAUCGGCGUCGAGGCUGGCAUUGCGCGUCAAGAGAAGAUGGCCAAGGAAGCUGCUAAGAAGGCUCAGCAGAGCGGAAAGAAGGAGCUGUAG